UUCCUCUUUAAAGCCGCCACUACGAGCACAAGGGUUUGGACGGCCUAGCUAGCGUUCAAGCAAGAAGGCACGAGCGAGGAUGAGAAGGACGCAUAGUUUGUACUCCCACUUCCUCGUCGCGAGGAGAACGGUCCCGCCUUGCUCUGGAAUUUCUAGCUGUAGAGUCGCCUGCGAGCAGAAACUCGUAUCCUCCGCGCUUUAUAGCUCCGCCACCGCUUUCGAUCUCAAUCGAUGUUGGUUGCCUCUACGGUUUCCGUUUGCAUCUACGGCGUCAAAUUCGAUCAAGGCUGGCGUGGCGGGAGCUCUGUCAUUUUCUUUUGCUCUGUCGACGGCAGUGGAGGCGAAGGAGCCACCUUCCCCAGAGCUCUUGCCGAAAGAUGUGGUUCUUUACCAGUACGAGGCUUGUCCGUUUUGCAACAAAGUUAAAGCAUUUUUGGACUAUCAUGAUAUACCAUAUAAGGUUGUGGAAGUAAACCCUUUCAGUAAAAAGGAAAUCAAAUGGUCUGACUAUAAGAAGGUUCCAAUUCUAGUGGUGGACGGUGAACAGCUUGUUGACUCCUCAGAUAUAAUUGACAAGUUAAGCCACAUGAUCCAUCCUAAGAACAAAGUCGUUGAUGAGGAAGAGACAAAGUGGCGUAGGUGGGUUGAUGAACACCUUGUACAUGUCUUAUCUCCAAACAUAUACCGUACUACUUCUGAGGCUUUGGAGUCAUUCAACUACAUUACUACUCAUGGCAACUUCAGUUUUACUGAGAGGUUAACUACAAAGUAUGCUGGGGCUGGAGUGAUGUACAUGGUGUCCAAGAAACUGAAGAAGAAGUAUGGCAUCACUGAUGAGCGUGCUGCUUUGUAUGAUGCAGCACAAACAUGGACAAAAGCUAUUGACGGCAGAGAUUUUCUUGGCGGCUCCAGGCCUAAUCUUGCAGACCUUGCUGUCUUUGGUGUUCUUAGACCAAUUCGCCAUCUGAAGGCUGGUAGGGAUAUGGUUGAGAACACUAACAUUGGUGAGUGGUACCAAAGAAUGGAAGCAGUUGUUGGAGAUUCUUCACGUCUCCCGGCCUAAGAAGCCAACAUUUUGUAUUAACCAAUUUUUAUGCACAGCCAGCGUGGCUCAGUUGAGUUGCUGAAAUUUUGGCUAAUAUUUGAGUUGCGGCAUAUAUAUAUACAAUAUGUGGCUGUUUGGCGCAUUUGUUUGAUUGAUAGCUGGGUCUGGUACGUAUGCGAUUUAUAGACAUUAAAAUUAGUCUACUUGCAGCCAUUUACUUUAUUUUUUAUACUAUAUGAUCUUGUAUACAUUCACUGAAAUUAUUCCCCAAAUAAGAUUCAAAAAUGCUUUUUUAUGUA